AUGGGCACGUAAAUGCUUGUUGCAGCGGUGGGCGGUGUCUGCCUGAACUUUGGUGUCUGUGCAUUUGUGUCUUCUUUGUGGCAUCGCACAUCAACGACACUGAACGGUCCGAUCCAAUUUGAGUUCUGAGCUGCUCUUCAGGCAAAAGCGUUCUGGCAGGCAACACCUGGGGAGUUCAGGUGGAGCUUUUGGCGCCCACUGGGUGAGUGCAGCGAAAUCCCCAUUAGCGAAAGGUAGGCCGCGUCACUUCUGGGGCGUUACUUUUUCUCUUGCGUAAGGAAGUGGCUAAAGCUAACGUCUAGGUGCUUCGCUUUCUUAGUGUGCUUCUCUAUCGAGAAUUGCUGAGAGAAUCCACUUUCCGGGGCGACACCCAUUGCACUACUUCUUUUUUCUUUUUUCUCUAGAAGAGAACAAAUCUUUUUUUUCAUUGGGAAACGGGGUCGCGUGACGCGUGAUUCGUCGCAGACUAAAGCUGACAGAAAAAAAAAUCAAGCAAAACACAUUCUAUAAGCGGUGCCUGGUAGUGAUUAGUCGCGAGUGCAGAAGUGCCAGACAGUUGUAGCCCUUAGUAGUUUGACAUUGUGAUGCAUGUCCAGAAAAAAGCCCUUCUGAAAAAAGCCCCCCAUAAAAAACUGCUGGACUACGAAGCCAGGUUCAUGGAGCUUCACAGCAAAGCCUUGGCACUCGGGCUGUCUCCGAAGGAGCUGUGUGAACUGCCUAGCGUAAAACGACUUCAGCGUGUAGGCACAUCUCCCUGUGUCUUAGCGCGGCUGCUCGGCCAGCUCGCUGGCUUCAUCCGAAACGUGAAGCCCUCUCGCCGGUGUGUGAGGUUGCUGCUUGCGUUACUCGUGGUUGGAGUGGUCUUUCAGUUUUGGCGCUACAGUCUUCUUUCCCAAAAAGGCUGGGUCUCUUUAUUUGUCGAGAGGCACAAGCUUGAAUCCGAGCCAUGCGUCGUGGACAUGCCGGGUAAAAUUCAGAACGCCAUGAUGCCACCUGUCGACUGCGACAUCUGCAAGGACCUCAAGAAGGUUUCUAGAAGGUCGUCACUGAGCCAAUACGACUUCGAGACAAAAUACGCUUACACUGGUGUGCCCGUCGUCGUCAGCGACGGGGCUUCUAACUGGACCGCACUUAAGUCAUUUUCGCUCAGCUUUUUCGAAAAUGUCUACCAGAAUUCGGCCUUGAAAACGUCGAGAAAUGCUUGCCAGUUCUUUCCUUACAAAACAGAGUUCAAAAGCCUCGAAGAAGUUUUUAGCAUGUCGGAUGAACGGUCACGACUUCCAUGGUACAUUGGUUGGAGCAAUUGCAACCCGAGUGUGGCUAAUGUUCUCCGAAAGCACUACCAAAUACCGUACUUUCUGCCAUCGCAUUCGGAGGGGUCUACGCUCGACUGGAUCUUUAUGGGCAGCCCAGGUUAUGGGGCUCAUAUGCACAUCGAUCAUGUCGGCAAACCGUCUUGGCAAGCGCAGAUUAAGGGCAAAAAACUAUGGACCUUGAAGCCCGUCCCGGAGUGUUAUUCGACAUGCCACGAGCUCCAAGUAAUCGUACAUCCGGGUGAAAUAUUUGUUGUGGAUUCCAACCUGUGGUACCACAAGACAGAGAUUAUCGGCAACGAACUAAGCAUCGCGAUUGGUUCGGAGUACGACUAAUGUGAUCGCCUUAACCUCUUCUGCUUCUUUGUGGCCUAGCGA